UGGUAAAACAGCAAUACGCACUUCAAAGUCGUGUGUAGCUUCACUGAUCUCUUUCCCUUCUCCGGCGACACACACGGAGGGAGAAUGGGUGGUGGCGUUCGGAGAAUCGUGUUGGACGAGUCGGUUCUAUUCGGCUGCGAAGACCCUAACGGAAAAGAUUCUCUAUUACCUGCAGCCGAAUAUCUCCUCCGUAAGCUUCGCCAUUCCACCAUCCCCACGGGAAUUUCUUACAGACAUGAUCUUUCAGCUCAAAAGGCAAGUCUUCUUCAAGGGGUAGCUGUACAAUACUCUUUUGAUUGCUUUGUACUGGAUGAAUCUUCUACAAUUGAUGCUUUAAAUGAAAUUCAACUAGCUUGGGGUGACAUUGGAGGGAGCAUUUUGUAUUUAGUUUCUGACAACAAUGAUGACCUCCUUCUUAAACUAAGGACUCAUGGUUGGCUGCUUGUCAUUCUAAGAUCUACUGGGCAAGAAUCAAAAGAUGAUGUUGAUGGUGGUCCUGCAAGUGAAGAUUCAAGCAUGUUUUAUAUCAAUAAACUAGAAGAGUUACCUUUGACUAUUUGCCGCCUGAAUAAAAAGGACAUAAGCAAUGAUGUUGUGACAGUUGGUUACAUCAUGAAGCCAUCUCGUGAAGAAGAUUUUUCUAAGAGAGGUGCAUUCCCCAUGUAUCCUUCUCAAAACGGGUUGAUAUUUAUGCCUCUCACAUUUGCACUCCCUAUAUCAUCUCAACUGCAAGAAGUUGAUGUGGUACUCCACAAAGCAACUGAUGAAAUUAUGUCCAUCAAGUUGAACAGUUCUUCAGAACUCUCAAACAGAAUCACUUACACCAGAGGCAUGCUGGAAUUGGGAAUGUAUAUGGAACAUCACCCAGACUUCUGUUUAAUUGACCCAUUUAAUAACAUUGACCCUGUAGUGGAUCGGCUAAAAAUCCAACAGAUUCUACUUGGAUUGGAAGAUAUCAACAGGCCAGGUUGCUGUAGAAUCAGGGGGCCAUAUUUUCUCAAGGUUGACAACUUCAAUGAGCUCAAUUUGAUACAAAGGCUAUCGGAAGCUAAACUAUCUCUUCCAAGUAUAGUGAAACCUCAAGUUGCUUGUGGUGUAGCUGAUGCUCACAGUAUGGCAAUUGUGUUUAGAGUUGAAGAUUAUAAGGAUUUGAGUGUUCCUCUUCCAGCUGUUAUUCAGGAAUAUGUGGAUCAUUCAUCUACUCUGUUCAAAUUUUAUGUCUUGGGUGAGAAAGUUUUCUAUGCAGUUAAGAAGUCUACACCAAAUGCAGGUACCUUGAAGAAAUUAUGUGAGAAAAAUGAACUGAAGCCUUUAAUCUUUGACAGCUUGAAGUCUUUACCCACUGGGAAAGAAAACCAGAAUGUCAAUGAUCAAAGUAUUGAUAUUAAGCUAGUGACAGAUGCUGCAAGCUGGCUUAGGAGAGUGCUUGAUCUUACCAUUUUUGGCUUUGAUGUUGUUAUUCAAGAAGGCAGUGGUGACCAUGUCAUUGUGGAUGUGAACUACCUUCCCUCCUUCAAAGAAGUUCCCGAUAACACGGCGAUACCUGCAUUUUGGGAUGCGAUAAAAGAGAAGUUUGAGUCAAGAAAGAAGAAACAGGCAAUUAACUCUGAUCAGCCGUUUGUUGAUCACUGAAAAUAUAAUUAACUAACCCGAAAAAAUAAGGUUUGAGGCCUAAGUCGUGAUAUGAUUGCACUGGAUUCUGUACCUAGAAUAGAUGCUGCAUUGCUGUGUGUUCAGCAACUGCAGCAAGUAUCAGGUGGAAUUGAACCCUGGUCAUCCACUCAGUACGUGACUCGAGUUAUAAUUUGCCUUUGUUAUUAUCCUUCAAAGUUUCAUGUUUGUAUUUCCUUUUAUUUUUUCUCCCUGUUUUUCUUUUUUAAACUUUCCAGGGUCCAAACAUAUGGCCCCCUGUUGAAUUUCUAGAUGGUAUUCCUUCCCAAACUUUUGGUGAUUGAGAAUGGUUUUUAUUACAAUGCUUCUUUUAGAAA